UUUUUUUUUUUUUUUUUUUUUUUUAAAUUAUAAUUAACGUGUACGCGUGUGCAGUACUACAGUGAUAGUGCCGAUGCUCGCACAUGGGCCCAAUAUCGGUAUUACAAUAAUAAUAUACCCGUCCUCGAUCGGUAGCGAUUCAUAACGAUCAUAUUAUAUUUUUUUUUCGUCCAACCCUUCAAGUGUACACUGCACGUUUCGGAGCACCGAUUAAAUAGAUAUAUAUAUAGGUGUAUAUACGUACACGUGCACCAGCGUGCAGUGCCAUUGCGAACGAUUGGUAAAUCGUAAAUAUGUAGCGCACGAAUCAUCAAUUUAAUAUUGAUCGAGUACGAUUGCGUACGUAGGAGGAAGACCGGGAGAGAGGAACAACUAAACGGGGAGAGGAAGACCGGCUUUUUUUACAUGUAUAUAGACAAUACAAGUGUGUAGUAUGUAUUUCUUUUGGAUUGUCGUAAAAGCGCCAAAAAUGUUCGCAAAGCGCCCGUGACACAUAGAGUUGUCUUGGUGGUGGAUGAGAAUAUAAGUUCACCCAAUGUGGCCGCGUCCUCGGUGCAUACACGUGCGUCAUCAUCGAAAUGUCAAGUUCGUCCAACAACAGCAACAGCCUGCAGCUGAACCGGCAAAACCCAUCCGGCUCCGACGGGUCGUCCGAUCGGACCAACCUGAGUUGCGCGGAGAGUUUCAGCGGCAGAGCUAUGAAAAAACCGAGCUCGGCGUACGUGCCGCACAACAGGCUGUCGAGGUACCUCAGCGCCCUGUCGAGCCUCGCCCUCGUCAGGUUCAAUAGAACGAUCGGCUCGGAGCUGCCGCUGGACAGGAUCGGUCUUUUCUCCAACGCGUCCUUCGGCUGGCUGAACGAGUACCUCAAAGCCGGCUACGCCAGUGGGAUGAGGGACAAAGCCCUGCCGAGUCUUUCACAGAGGGAAACGUGUAACGUCAACGGGCCGAGAUUGGAGGCUCUCUUGCACGCGCACUUUGUCGAAAAGGGCCAAGCCGGUGCGUCGAUUCCCCGGGUGGCCUGGCACUUUGUCCGCACGCGCGUCUUCAUUGGCUCCGUCAUCUACCUCGCCGGUACCCUGGUCUCCCUGGCCGGACCGAUACUCGUGCUGAGGGAGAUCAUCCGAGCGACGGAGGACCGUAACGAUCUCAACGUGGCGUUGAGCUUCGUCAACAAGAGCAUAGCGAGCAACGCGACGAUCAACGGGGAAGCGAUGCGCGCCAAAGAGCGUCAAUUGAUCGUCGACGAGAUGAUCGUUUUCGCCCAUACCGGUCUUUUGAUCCUCAUCGAGGUCGUCUCGCAGUUUCUCGUCGCUUGGAGCUCGGCCUUGAACCUCAGAACGGCUUGUCGACUGCGCUCGGCUUGUUUGGCGGUCGCCUACAAGAAACUCCUCAGCUCGUCCCUCCGCUGUUCAACCGGUGCACAGCAGACCCUCACCUACUUUGUUCCAGACAGCGAGAUCCUCCACGAGCUGAUCGGCCUGGGACCGGUCGCCCUGAGCGGUCCCACGGUACUCGUCAUCAUCGCCGCCUUCGCUUGGCUGACCCUUGGCACGUGGGCCCUGUCCGGCAUCCUCGUCAUUCUUCUGUUUUACUCCACCCUGGUAAUCGUGGCCUAUUGUACGAAGGCCUUUGCCGCGCGGGCGAUCGAGUACUCGUUGCGAAGGAUGUCCCUCGUCGAGGAGCUCAUCAGCAACAUUCAGUUGGCUAAGAUAGCCCUCUGGGAUCGGCACUUUCAGGAUAAAAUUAAAAACAUAAGAAGCCGGGAGCUCGACGAGAUGCAAUUCGGAGGUUUCAGCGAGGGCUGCGGUCUCUCCAUGGUGCACAUGAUCCCGGUCGCCACCGUGGCCACCAUCACCCUCUUCACCCUGCACUUUGGGCAGCAGAUCUCGUUCGUCCGGUACGUGCCGGUCCUUGUUCUGUUCCUCGUGAACCUCAAGCAAUGCGUCCGCACGAGCUGGAUGGCGCUGAGCAGCAUCUCACGGGGCCUGGCUUUUCUCAACAAGCUCAAGUCGAUCCUCAUACUGCAGGAGGCCGAUCGUUUCCUGGACAAGCCGAUCGACCGGAACUUUGCGAUCAUCAUCAACAACGGGCACUUCAGCUGGUCCAGUAAGAACCGACCAAAGAGCGCCAACGCCGCCAAACGCUCCUCGCGUUUCUACGUGGACGGCGGCAGCACCAACAAGGCCAGCCACUCGGUGGAGCUGCAGAGUUUCCCGGGCCCGGUGUUGGGCGGCCUCUCGGAGAUCGACUUCUACGUGGCCAAGGGCAAGGUCGUGGGUAUCUACGGGCCCCAAGACUCCGGUAAGACGUCCUUCCUCCUGAGCAUCCUCGGGCAGCUGCAGUGCGUCGGUGGCACCGUCGCCCUCGACGGCACCUGCUCGUACGUGCCCGCCGAGCCCUGGCUGAUGGACGACACCGUGCGCGAGAACGUCCUCUUCGGCGAGCCGUACGACUCGAGCCGCUACUACCGGGUGAUGCGCUCGACCCAGCUGCACAGCGAGAUCGCCGGGCUGCCGGCCCUCGACGACACGGACCUCGGAGCCGCGGAGUUUGGCCCGGCCCAGCGGCAAAAGAUCGGCCUGGCGCGAGUCCUCUACGCCCAGCGGGACAUCAACUUGCUGGACGAGCCCUUGGCGAGCGUCGGGCACCGGGAGUGCCUCGAGAUCCUGGACGCGGUGCUCCAGCGGCAGCUCGCCGGGAAGACGGUGGUCUUGGCCAGCGACAGGAUAGAGCUGUUGAGCAGGUGUAGCGUCGUUUACGUCAUGCACGAGGGUAGGAUCGUCGAGAGCGGUAGCCACAGGGAGUUGUUGCAGUCGAGUCCCGGGUACGCCAAGUCGGCGAGGCUGCAGUCGAGGAUGGCCAGUUUGAGGCUCAGGAGCGAGGAGCUCACCGCGAGGUUGACCCCCUCGUCGCCUAGAACGGACAACGGCAGUAGCUUUGGUCUGGAGGGCACUGCGCACUUGGAGGACCAGUUGCUCGUCGGCAGGAGCUUGGAGUUCCCGGUGCUGCACAGCUUCAGCGAAGCCAAGCCCAAGACCGGCUUGGGCGUGUAUCUCGAGUACACGGGUGGCUUCGCCGUCUGCGCCCUCUUGGCCCUCCUCGUGGCCCUCUACGCCUUCUCCAUAGCCGUGGCUCCGGUUUGCAUCGUCCACGUGGGCAAGAUGAACGAGGACGACGUGAAAUCGGCGAGUGGGGUGCUCGCCAUGCAGGUUGGCUUCAUGAUCGUGUGCGGAGUCAUUCUGACGUUUGCUUACAACAAGACGGUCACAGCGGCGGCGACAAAGUUACACGAUUACUGGGUCGAAAGUCUAGUCAGAGCGCAAAUUUCGAUAUUCAGCACGGCCACGAUUUCUCUGCUGCUCAACAUCUGCAGUCUCAACCUGCAGGAGGUCGAUUUGGUCCUACCUCGGGCAAUAAUAACGGUUCUGAUGAACUGCGGCAUCAGCUGCUUUAGCUUGGCAAUACUGUGGUAUUUGUCGCCAUGGCUGCUCCUGCCGGCCUUGGCCUUUGUCGUCAUAUCCGUCAUGUUCAGUGUAUACGUGAGGGGAGCCGUAUUGAGCCUACACGAGUUGAAAGUCACCUCGGCCACGCUAGUCUUGAACCACAUUGGGAAUACAGUCCAAGGUCGUGCCACCAUUCAAGCGUUCUCCAAAGAAAAAGAUUUUACCAAAAAGUAUUACAAGCUUUUCAACGAGAACUCGACUUACGACUUUAUGCUGUACGCUACGAGAUUGUGGCUCGAGUUCAGAUUAAAAUUACUAUCGAUUCUAGUCCUGAGUGCGGUGAUAUUGAUGAGCGAGGUGCUUUACACGGAUUCGAAUGGCCUGUCGCGAUUCGGUCUCGCGUAUUUUUGCACGCUCCAGUUGACCCUGAGCUCCGUGCACGCCGCGAGCGCCAUAAACAGCGUCUACACGAGCCUCAUGGCUCUCAACAGCGUCGACCACUACAUGAAAAACAUACCAAAGGAGCGAGAGGGCACGGCCAGGUUGUCGAGCAUGUGGCCGACCGACGGCAGCUUGGAGUUUAGGAACGUCCUCUUCUACGACCGGGAGGACUCCUGCAGGAAGCCCCUUUCGUUCAGCUUAGCCUCGGCCGAAAAACUUGCCGUCGUCUCGGUACAGGCGGACGUGAAGAUGGCCUUUGUCUCGGCGCUGUUUCGGUUCAUGGAGCUGCCGGCCGGUGAAAUUUUCAUCGGAGGCACGAGCAUCUCCCAGGUGCCGCUCGACAUGUUGAGGCGCUGCAUUUGCUUCGUCCCCGGCGAUCCCUCGCUCUUCAACGGAACCAUAAGACACAAUCUCGAUCCCUCGGAGAAAAUGGCCGACCAGGCGAUCAUGAGGGUCCUGCAGAGGGUCUACUUGUGGGAGAAGGUGUCCAGGCUGCCGGAGAAACUGGUCAGCGAUUCUAGGCAUCUUUUCACGGUUUACGAGAGAAUCUUGAUUUUCUUGGCCCGCGCCUUGCUCAACGAGAGCACAAAGAUCGUCAUAGUGGAGGAGCCACAGGCCGACGUGGCGGACGAUAGGGGCGAGAUCCUCGACGUCGUGCUCAGGGACGCUUUUGCCGAGCACACCGUGAUCCGACUGUCUAGUCAUAGAAUCCGUUCUUGCCCAAAGUCGCUCGUACUCGACGAUGAAGAGGAUUUCUAUUCCGAGAGAGGCUCCUCGACUUUAUCGCAGCAAACAACGACUACCGAACUUUACACAGCGCUACCUGCCAACAUCCUCUCGGAGAGCUUCGUUUCCCUUUGAGCUCCUGUUGAAGUCUUUUAUCGAACGUACAACGGCGCCUCGUCGACGACUUCUUCUCUGUCAGACUUGCUUGACAUCACCACUGCAG